CAUCCAGCUUUACAUCACGCUUUAACACACGCAAAAAGUGUGUUGACCCUCUCCCUGACCAGCGUCAGCAGCGUCAGCGUGAGGUAUCUGAUGCCAGCAUUAAUGUUGCGCCUUGGUCUUUACCAAGAAUCUUACAAGUUCUGAAUGUCCUGGGUCUGUGCCGCAGUGAUAACCGGUCUUGAUGACUUUCAACUCAACAACCUUGAACUCCCUGCUCGUAUUUUGUCCCAAUUUGAUAUUCUCGAAACGGUACAGCCGUUUGUUGAUGCAAGCCGAUGGCUCGGUCUCUCACAUCUUGUUCCGCUAGCGCUUCUGAAAUGGCACAUUCUGAGAGAUCUGUCGAUGUUGGCGAAUGCGAGGUUGAACCGUGCCGCAGCUGGGAUUGAGGGAGCGGAUGCUGGCCUGGCCAGGGUCAACGUAAGCUCAGCAACGGCGGCAAGAGAAGACAUCAUGAACGCAAGCUACCAGGACCUCGAGAGUUUUUUCAAAACCGUGAAAGGCCAGUUGUCUGAGCUAUUCCAUGCGGUCGUAAGGGAGGACCCCAACUUUUGGCCUGCCAUCUGGGACGGAGAAAUAUACCUUUCGCUGGAUGGACAAGACCUAGCUCGUCACCUGAGACCUGCGAGCGUGCAAGCGGUGAAGUAUAACUGGCAAUCUUAGGCGGAGGCUCCAGAUGCUAUCGAGUGCAAUAAACGGUGGUAUGAGGCGUGGAGAUUGGAACAAGACGUCGCUUCUGCGAUAACCACCAAGGUCGGAGAGUUGGGAACCGCACGAACCGCAGAGCCUCCUGAUGUUGUUGGAAGUCUGGGCGUGCAGAUGGGCUCCGCAACCGGUCCGCAAAACCAAGCGAGCGCCAGCGACUCCGGAUCGAAUUACAAUUUUGAUAGCCCCUCAACCCUUCUCAACGACCCCGAAAUUGAUUCGAGCUUGCAAGCCUCUGACGUGGUUGAAGGCGAGGGAACAGUAACCGGGACCGUGGGAGGCCCACAAAGCGAGGAGGAUCCUGAAUUCAACAGUAUGUUUAUGGCUUAGUCCAGCUUAGUCUUACCUUUAUUAAAUUGAUAUUGUCC